UGUCACUUUCGGUGAUCCUCAGGAGAUGAGGAAUAUUGGCUUUGUGCUCAUUGUCUCGGUGCCCUUUCCAUUCUAUUUCUGUUUGCCUUCAUGUUUUUAUGAUCUUUAUACUUUUAUACUGUGUACUUGGAGUUAGCUGCUUUUAUUGUGUUCGAUGCAGGUUGACGUGGGUUGCUAUAUAUACUGUGUGGUUUUUCCUUUUCCCUUUCAUUUUUUAUAUAUUUCAUUUCAUGCUGUCGGAGUAGAUUUUCUUCAUCAUAUAUGUGGGGUGGUUACAAAAAACGGAGAAGCCCAGGUUCUAUUCUUCUUCAUUCUUUCUCUUCUUUUUAUUUCUUUGGUAUAUCUAUUUCUUCAGUACGUCUGGUUGUUCAUUUCAUUCUUCAUUGUCGGUCUGUUGAGGUCUUUUGUAGUUGCAGGUUGCAGGUUGGUGUUGUUGAUGUUUAUGAAUGCUUUUUUUUACCGUCGUUAUAGUCUGUGUUAUUUUCGUCUGGGACUUUUUAUAUAUGUUUCUGUUGUAGGUAUUUAUCAUUUCGUUUUGUAAUGAAUUAUCUCUUUGAAUCUUUGAAUCAUUCUAUUAAGUAAAAGGGUUUGUUCAUGAGAUGUAGCUGCAUAACGUGAAGGUAGGCCGUAAUCAUACAGAAAUUCGUAGAUUUCAGCGCUGAUGAAAGUUUGAAGG